UAAUUCCAAUCUUUCGCGGAGACGGCUGCUACCUCGCCUUCGUUUGAGGGGACAGAGUCUUCUCGUCUCUAUUGCAGCCAACAUCUGGCAAACUAGGGUGCAAGAUACCUUCAUUCUUAAAGAAAACCUUAUGUUUUGCAUCAUAUCUCAAUGCAAAACUUUGGAAAAAAGCUUAUUACUUAUCAUUGCAAAUCUUUGACCCAAGCUAACUACUCUAAGGCACAUUUUGAUUUAAAGGUUCUUAUGAUCUGGAAAUGCUCUGCAUCAUCUUUGACUAAAUUUAAUAAUGCACAAGAAAAUGACAACUUCUGGUUGAGGCGACUCGAGCACAAGGAUUGGCUCGCACCAAAUGAAGUUCUCAAAGUGUUUCAGAACUUGAAAGAUCCUGAACUGGUUAUGGGUGGAUUUAGAAAGGCCUCAACUCGUGCGGAUUAUAAACCAAGUGAAGCUCUAUAUAGUUUAUUAAUAGACAGAUUUGCUCGUGCGCACAAGUUUGAUAAAAUUGGUGUUUUGUUGGAUAGGGCAAAAGGUGAGAAGUGCCGGCUUUCUAACGAGUUCUUCUACAGAGUGAUAAAAAUCUAUGGGAAUUUAGCAAAUGAUUCUGAGCUAGCCAUUAAUACACUUUACAGGAUGCCAGAGUUCCAAUGUUGGCCAACUGUAAAAACUUUCAACUAUGUGCUUAACUUGCUCGUGUGCACCAAGCAAUUUAAGUUAAUUCAUGAGGUUUUUCUGAGUGCGUCGAGGUUGGCUGUUUCGCUUGAUACGUGUUGCUUUAACAUUCUCAUCAAAGGUUUGUGCGAGUUAGAAAAGUUGGAAGCAGGCUUUUCCUUAUUGCAUGAAAUCUCAAAGCAAGGCUUGCUGCCCAAUGCAACCACCUACUCAAUAUUGAUGCAUGCUCUUUGUAAGCAUGGUAGAGUAAAGGAAGCAUUUGAGACAUAUGAGAUGAUGGAGAGAGCAGGUUGUCAUCCUGAUGCCAUAACCUUCAAUAUAUUGAUUUCUGGACUAUGUAAAGAAGGAAAGAAUGAUGAAGGGAUGGGACUUUUGAAGACAAUGAAGCUGAAGGGAUGCUAUCCAAAUUCAGCAACUUAUCAAGCCCUUCUAUAUGGCUUGUUGCAUGCCAAACGAUUUGUCGAUGCAAAGAAUUUUAUGGGCGCAAUGAUCUCAGAAAGGAGAUAUCCUAGUUUUUUGUCAUACAAGAUGACUAUUGAAGGCCUUUGUAGUGAGAAGCUUGUUCAUGAUGUGGAUUCAGUUUUGAGGCAAAUGGUGAACCAAGGAUUUGUUCCGAGGAUGGGAACCUGGAAGAAGAUUAUUGGUUGCAUGUUCUCUAAAAAAGAUGUAUAUUUGAAGUGGCUGAUCCUAUUGGGCUGUGGUGAUUCUCAUAUUGUCAGGUAUUAAUAGGAGAGUUUAUCUUUCACACAAAUGAAAAGAGAACAAUUUAUUCUGAUGAAAUGCUCAAUAUGUUUUUGAAAGACUGAAUAGUCGACCUGUUUUUGAGCAAGGCUCUUCUAUUUCCGACGAUCCAGUGAGUGAUUUCAUGUCGAUGAUGAGGUGAGGAAGCUAUGGUUCAAAAGAUGGAUUUCUCUGUUGCGAUGUGAGUGCUUUUAUUCUAUUCCCAUUGAGUUCCAACUUUUUUAACUGGAAACUUAUAGAUCUGGUAACGAUAUUAGCAAAGAAAAUCUGCAUGUUUCAAAGGGAAUGCAGUCUGCUCAAUCCGCUCUAACACUCUCAGGCAGGCAUCAGCUUAAUAAAUGGGAUUAAGGAUUUCCAUUAAUUGGAGCGAGCAGAGCUUCGGCCAUAGCCACUCGUGUUGAUCAUGAGGUGUUGCUGUCAUAGUUAUUAAUCAGAAUUGGUAAAUGCUCCAACUCCAUCUACUAGGUGAGACUAAAGCUCUUUUCAUAUAAUUCAUUUUCUGAAGAAAGACCUAUUAAUUAUAUCGACCGUUGAUCUCCUAAGGGGGUAAGGGUUUAAACCCUAAAACUUACACGAAUUAGCUUGGGAUCUUGUUCUAUUUCGUUCAUGAAUUAUUCAGCCAAAAUAUGAACGAUUCAAGUUCGUUAGCAAAUUAAAAUGUUCUUCUCAUGUUCAACUUAUUUAUUAUUGAGCUAAACACAAUUUAAACUUGUGCAAUAAGUCGACUUAUUGACCAUUAAUUAUAUCAAAAUUUUAUUGGGGAUAUUUGUGCAAAUAACACUCAAAUCUAUCUUAGAAAAUUAACAUCUUGUCAUGCCAUAAUCAAGUUGUUAAGAAUUUGAUAAAAAAAAAAAAAUGUCACGUGUUUUAUUUUGAAUUUUGAUAUUUAGGUUGGAAAUUGAAAAAUUGGUGCUUGGAGG